ACGCAGGCGCACUACACCGCGCCGCCGCCAUUUUGUGUCCGAGCCUGUGGAGCGAUUAAACCGUGCGCGGAGCUGCUUCUUUGGCGGCAGCGGCAGCGACGAUAGCCAGUGCGGGUGCGCGGAGCUGGCCGGGGACGCCGGGUGGCCGGAGCGUUGGAGCGGUGGCGGAGCGGGCGCUGCGGGGGGUGUGGCGCGGAGAAUGAUCACUGACCUGGGGCCAAAGAACAUGAUGCGCUAGUGGACACAUUGCUUUGCUGACCAGGGGCUUGAGAGCUAGGUUCUGUUUUCCGUCCUCAAACUGACGUUGCAGCCACGGAGAGGGUACAAAGUGGUAUGUUCCGGGGUACUUGAAGCCACAAGAUAAACAUGACCCAUCUUCUUGGAGCUUCAGUUGUGCUCAUUGAGGGGGCGGUGAGUUAAGUAAUUUAACUGGAAGGGGAAAUGGAAGGUGAGGCAGUUGAAGCCAUUGUGGAGGAGUCUGAAACUUUCAUUAAAGGAAAGGAGAGAAAGACUUACCAGAGACGCCGGGAAGGGGGCCAGGAAGAGGAUGCUUGCCACCUACCCCAGAACCAGACUGAUGGGGGUGAGGUGGUUCAGGAUGUCAAUAGCAGUGUACAGAUGGUGAUGAUGGAACAACUGGAUCCUACUCUUCUUCAGAUGAAGACUGAAGUAAUGGAGGGUACAGUCGCCCCAGAAGCAGAGGCUGCUGUGGACGAUACCCAGAUCAUAACCUUGCAGGUUGUAAAUAUGGAGGAACAGCCCAUAAACAUAGGAGAGCUUCAGCUUGUUCAAGUACCAGUUCCUGUGACUGUACCUGUUGCUACCACUUCAGUAGAAGAACUUCAGGGGGCUUAUGAAAAUGAAGUGUCUAAAGAGGGCCUUGCAGAAAGUGAACCCAUGAUAUGUCACACCUUACCUUUGCCUGAAGGGUUUCAAGUGGUGAAAGUGGGGGCCAAUGGAGAGGUGGAGACCCUAGAGCAAGGGGAACUCCCCCCUCAGGAGGAUCCUAGUUGGCAAAAAGACCCAGACUAUCAGCCACCAGCCAAAAAAACAAAGAAAACCAAAAAGAGCAAACUGCGUUACACAGAGGAGGGCAAAGAUGUGGAUGUAUCUGUCUACGAUUUUGAGGAAGAGCAGCAGGAGGGUCUCCUGUCGGAGGUUAAUGCAGAGAAAGUGGUUGGUAACAUGAAGCCUCCAAAACCAACAAAAAUUAAAAAGAAAGGUGUAAAGAAGACAUUCCAGUGUGAGCUUUGCAGUUACACGUGUCCACGGCGUUCAAAUUUGGAUCGUCACAUGAAAAGUCACACUGAUGAGAGACCACAUAAGUGCCAUCUCUGUGGCAGGGCGUUCAGAACAGUCACUCUCCUGAGGAAUCACCUCAACACACACACAGGUACUCGUCCUCAUAAGUGCCCAGACUGUGACAUGGCCUUUGUGACUAGUGGAGAACUGGUGCGGCAUCGUCGUUACAAACACACCCAUGAGAAGCCAUUUAAGUGUUCCAUGUGCGAUUAUGCCAGCGUAGAAGUCAGCAAAUUAAAACGUCACAUUCGCUCUCAUACUGGAGAGCGCCCAUUCCAGUGCAGCUUGUGCAGUUAUGCCAGCAGGGACACAUACAAGCUGAAAAGGCACAUGCGAACCCAUUCAGGGGAGAAACCUUAUGAAUGUUACAUUUGUCAUGCACGGUUUACCCAAAGUGGUACCAUGAAGAUGCACAUUUUACAAAAGCACACAGAAAAUGUGGCCAAAUUUCACUGUCCCCACUGUGAUACUGUCAUAGCCCGAAAAAGUGAUUUGGGUGUCCACUUGCGAAAGCAGCAUUCCUAUAUCGAGCAAGGCAAGAAAUGCCGAUACUGCGAUGCGGUGUUUCACGAGCGGUAUGCCCUCAUCCAGCAUCAGAAGUCACACAAGAAUGAGAAGCGGUUUAAGUGUGACCAGUGUGAUUACGCCUGCAGACAGGAGAGGCACAUGAUCAUGCACAAGCGUACCCACACUGGGGAGAAGCCUUAUGCCUGCAGCCACUGCGACAAGACCUUCCGUCAGAAACAGCUCCUUGACAUGCACUUCAAACGCUAUCAUGACCCCAACUUUGUCCCUGCGGCCUUCGUGUGUUCUAAGUGUGGGAAAACAUUUACACGCCGGAAUACCAUGGCAAGACAUGCUGAUAACUGUGCUGGUCCAGAUGGUGUAGAAGGGGAGAAUGGAGGAGAAACCAAGAAGAGUAAACGGGGAAGGAAAAGAAAGAUGCGGUCUAAAAAAGAAGACUCCUCUGACAGUGAAAACGCUGAGCCAGACCUAGAUGACAAUGACGAUGAGGAGGAGCCUCCUGUGGAAAUUGAACCCGAGCCAGAGCCUCAGCCCGUGACCCCAGCCCCACCACCAGCCAAGAAGCGAAGAGGACGCCCCCCUGGCAGAACCAACCAGCCUAAACAGACCCAGCCAACAGCCAUCAUUCAGGUUGAAGACCAGAAUACAGGUGCAAUUGAGAACAUUAUAGUUGAAGUCAAAAAAGAGCCAGACGCAGAACCCACGGAGGGGGAGGAGGAGGAGGCCCAGCCAGCUGCCACAGAUGCCCCCAAUGGAGACCUCACGCCCGAGAUGAUCCUCAGCAUGAUGGACCGGUGAUGGCAGGGCCAUGCUCAUGGCCAGGACUGCUCUGGGCUGUGUUUAAACGGCCUGCAUCUUAAUUUUUCUCCCUUCUCUCUUUUGGCUUUGGGAAAAGCAUCAUUUUACACCAUUUUACCAAACAUACUGAGAACUAAAACUUCAAGGAUGAUGUUAGAAAAUGUGAUUAACUAGAACUUGCUGUUUGAUGUUAGCAAAUCAUGGAAUGUUCUGAGUCCUGAGGGUUUACUGUGAAAUGUUGAGGAGAUUGUUGACACCUGAUUGUGUUUCUUAGAUGGCAACAGAGACAUCGAGCCCUCUCUCUUGCUUGGUAAACCACUCCAGAAUGGCCACCGGAUUUCCCAGAGUUCUAUGGUCUUCUUCCCAGGAGAGUUUUUAAUUGUAAAUUCAGAUGUGGGAAGGACUUAGACUUUUAAAACUGGUUUUUGCUUUUGCUUUUCCCUGACUCCCUUUGCUCGGAGUCAGCUGCACACCAGUAGUAUGGCAUGCUACGAUCGUUUUCUGUCCCGAAGGCUUUGCCUCUUUCUUGGCAAAGCUUCUGGUAUGGUCAAGCUUGUAAAUAACUUUUUUUACAUUUUAAUCUUUUCCAUUAAUUAAGAGGUUGGAAAGAAGUGCAGUGUAAGAAAACCCAGCAUUUUAAUUACUUGCAAAUUAAGUUACCACAGACUCUGUAGUAUGUAAAUGUUGAGAAGGAAUUGGAUCACAAUCAUGUAGCAGAACGGCACCCAGACUGCUGCCUGCUAGUGACGGAUGCCCAUGUGGAAGAUCAUGACAUCCAGCCCGUGGAGCCAGCAUUUGAACCUUGUACAAUUAACUUUCAGUUAUAAUUUUCCAUCUACAUUUUCUUUGCUCUGUUUGUAGCUGAAUUUUGUGUUUUCUAAGUCCAUUGUUAAAGCAGAAGGUGAUUAUGAGUGGGUCACAGCAGCCCUUAAAAGUUGGGCCAUAAAAUUUCAGUAGGUCAGUAAUUUAAACUUUGGAUCUUCAAAAAAAUAAUAAUGUGAAGCAAAACCAACUAAAAAAUGAUUCUUGCACAUGAGCUGUCACAUGUUUAAAAUGUGUUUUUUAGAGAGCCUCAGUCUUGCUGAUUUCAAACACUUUUUUCUUCUGUGUAUUGCUUUUAAAAGAGCCAUCAGUUAGCUAUCAGACUCUAGGUUGAUACAUUUUGUACUUAGCUGUACUGUGUGAUAUUUUUCAUUAUUUUAGGACGCCAACAUGAGACCUGUAAUAAAAUAUGUAAUGGGGUUGAAAGCUGGGGAGGAGGAUCUACUGCUGUACAGCUAAUAAAUCAUAAUGGAUUAACAAGUGCUCCAAA